AUGGGUGCUGCCUAUGAAACGAACGAGGAUCUGUUCCCAUCGCUGCCCGGGCUGUUGGCAGGAGCCCCAGUUCCUCACCACACGGACCGCUCCAUAGGGCUGCUGGAGGGUCGCAGAGUCAGAGUCCCUCUGACAGACCAGGAGGUGGAGGAUUUUGUCAUCUAUCUCAGCUCUCUGGGGACGCACAGCAGCAUCACCCUGCAUGCCCUGACCAACACCUACAUACAGUGGUGUUUGGCUGAGCAGAGAAGCGCCCUGCCAACUGGAAGGGAGAUCUCUCCUUCUUUGUCUCGUUCCUCCGACUGCUCUGCUGAGCACAGAGUUUCCCCACAGAGUGCAUCUCAGAAGCAGAAGGGCACUUUAGCCCCAGAGCCUCCGAGGGUGGAUCUACUGACUGUGCCCGUCGUCGAUACCCAGCUGGAGGCACGGCCCAUGACCCUGGAGGAGAUGGAGGACGUCGGCAAGCGGUGCCGAGAGAGGAGGCGGCAGAACAAGCUCAGGAUCCCCUCCGUUGAGUACACGGAGCAGUGCCGCCUGGUGCACAGUGGGAAUAAGUGCGUUGAUGACCACUGCCUCCCGUCCACCAUCCAGGGGGAGAUGAACGAGCUCAUCAACAAGUCCCGCAUGAACGACCUUCUGGUCUACCUGAAGUGCCAGGAGCUCUGUGGGUACCAAGGCCUCCCGGUGACAGAGGACACCCUCAUGAAAGCCCUGCUGUACCCGGGACACAAGAUCCUUUUCCAGAAGGACCCGGUGUGCCGGAUCCGGCAGCCUGGAGGCUACUACUCAGACUUGAAGAGCUUCAGCCCGAAUCUGGGCCUGAGCAGGCCCCAGGGCCGCAGUGAGCCUGCGGCUAAGACGACUGACAAGCUGAGUGUCAAACCCCCUUUCUCCCCUGCCAUUUGCUCCUGCCCUGCUGCUGUCCCCUUGGCUGAAGGGGCUGGGACACUGACAGACAUGGGGUGUCACGUUGUGCCAGUGUCUGUGUCCUAA